UUCAGAAACACAGACGGCACGCUCAUCCACGGAUCUAACGCCCAGGAGGCGCGUUUAGACCCCAACACCCUCCGCGGGAUGCAGUACAAGAAACAAACGGUGAUUCCGCACUCCAUCGCACGUGCUAUAAACAACCACAUGUUGCGCCUCCACCACCCGGAAAUGUUGCGUAUUCAGGCGGCCAGAAACUUUGUCAACUUGCAUGACGACGUGCACCAGCCUGCAGCGACGCGGCUAGAGGUUGACGCGCACAUCGCGGCGCUUUUUCCGCAAAACUAUACGUCAAUUUACCUGGCGUUACACGAGUUGAAGAACCACAAGACCAACGACGCGACAGGUGAGGUGUUCAUGCCGCGAAAGAUCUUGGACAUCGGGUUCGGGCCGGCCACUGGGAUGGUUGCAUUGAACGAGUUGAUGGGUGAGGACUUCCGACCAGAAGUGAAAGAUGCGGUGAUCAUGGGUGAUCCAGAGAUGAUUAAGCGUGCCAAGAUCAUUUUGAGCAGACAGAUUUGUGAAAGUCCCGUUGUGAACGACGAGAGUGUGAGCAGAGCAGAGCUUAAGUACUCCGUGGAAGAUGAAUUACCGGAGCUUUAUGACGAAACGCCCGACAACCCCUCCUGGGGACCGGUAGAUACCAACAAAAUUAAGGUCAAGACAAAGUUACGCAGUGACAUGCCGUCCAACAAAAAAUACGACUUGAUUAUUAUGACCCACCAGUUGCUCAAGGAUACCGAGAAGUUCCCCCGUCAGAUCGACAGAAGCGUGGAGCAGGCCUUAGAUCUCUUAGAGCCCCAGGGGCAUCUUGUGAUUGUUGAACGGGGCAACCCGUUGGGCUUUGAGACGAUUGCGCGUGCGAGACAAGUAAUGAUCCGUCCGGAGAAGCACCCGCUUUCGAACGUGAAGAUCCCCCAGCCGUGGAUCAGAGGCUCUACCGUCAAACCGAAGAAUCAGCGCCGGUUGUACCGUGAUCAGAUAGAGAGCGAAUUGGUUGAGAUGGACGCCGAGGCGGAAAGAUUGAACCAAGAGUUGAAUGCUAAGUUUGGAGAAGUCACCGACGAUGACUUGAAGUUUGAAUUUGAAAAGGAAGCUAUCGAGGCAAAACCAACUACCGCAGACUACCAUUUGUCUAUCCUCGGACCGUGCAGCCAUCACGGCAAGUGCCCGUUGCAGACGGGGAAGCCGGGUUACUACAAUUUUCCAGCUGGGAAGAAGCUUCCAUGGUGCCACUUCAGCAAGAGUUUCACUAGACCAAAAUUCAGCAUGGAGUUGAAGAAGGGGCUCCGUUUGGCGACUCCUUGGGCCAGCCCCACCGAUGGGAUCGGUAUGAAGGGCUCGGCGCCGAUUGGGAAGGGAAGAGCUGGGGGGAACAACUACGAGGUGGCCAACUACAGCUACUUGCUUGUGGAAAGAGCGGCCAACAGCGGAAAAAUGCUCCAGCACGGCAUUGAUCCGACGGAUCCGAACAAAAACCUCCGCGGAACGGGCUACCUCGAUCCAGAGGACAUGAAAACAUGGCCCCGUAUUGUCAACCAGCCGAAGAAAGCUGCCAAACAUGUCACCUUCACCGCCUGUGGUGCCUCUGGUCAGAUGGAGUCCUGGGUGGUGGCCAAGUCCAAGGACAAGCAGGCGUACCACGACUCCCGUAAGGUCCGUCUGGGCGACUUGUGGGCCUUUGCCAGCCCGACUGUGCAUCCG